GCCAUGGGCGCCAUUGGCAAAAAGAGGCCUCCUCAAUUUAAAGGUGACCCAUGACGUCGACAGUCAGCGGUUGCGUUCUGGCACGCGAUUGGACAAAGAACCCGGAGGCAACAGCUGAUCGGCUCAACUCCCGAAGUACCGACUUUCACCACGGCAAAAAAACCCCAAAAAAAACAAACAAACAAAAAAAACACACAUCCCGCUUACAGGAAUCUGCACUUGAAUGCAGCAAGGAGUCGCUGUUUGAGCCAAUUCGCAAAGUUUAGGGGACUGUUUCAUCCGGUUGAAUCUGCAGUAGAAUGUCCACGUUUUCGCUUCCACCCUGUUGAGAUACGUGGAUCUUGAUUAUGAUGAACUUCACCACGAAUGCCCUUUGUGGCAGUCACAGCAGAAAAGAAAACAUUCAGUCUUCAGGCAAAACAGACGCACUGCAGGUCCAGAGGAGCAAACAGCGGACGGCGCUCGGUGUCUUGUCAGAAAAUGAGUGGCGUGGUCAGUCCUUCAGCCAGGGAAGCCAGUUUUCCAAACACAGUUCAGUCUCGGACAGCUCUCAUCUCAACUAUAUUGGCUGUCCUUCCAGUUCCAGCUAUGACGUGUGCGUUGAAGAGGCUUGUGAAGUUGUCCUUGCAGCUUCUGGGCACGAAGUGGUCUUAGACAGUUAUUGCUUCGACCCUGAAAACGACGCCCCGCAAAAGGAAGACACAAGACUCCUGCUGGAGCUGAGUGCAAGCUCAUGCCAGGACGCUUCCAUGCAGUCUGAACCAGAUGAAUCUCUGAUGUCAGAGGCCGUGCUUUGUGUGGAGUAUGCAGAAACUAUUCACCAGCACUUGAGGGACAGUGAAAUCCGGUUCAGGGCAAGUCCAGGCUACUUAGAAAACCAUCCAGAGAUCACCAGUGACAUGCGAGUCAUUCUGCUGGACUGGCUAGUCGAAGUCAUCCAAGAGUACAGGCUUAAUUCUGAAACUCUGUACCUUGCCGUCAACUACUUGGACCGCUUCCUGUCCUGCACGGUCCACAUGAAACGGAGCAAGCUCCAGCUGGUCGGCACAGCUGCCUUACUGAUCGCUGCAAAGUAUGAAGAGAUCUCACCCCCUGACCUGAAUGAGUUUGUGUACAUCACGGACAGCACGUACACUAAAAGGCAGCUGGUUCGGAUGGAACAGAUUUUUCUCAAGGUGCUGGACUUCAAGAUGGCAGCUCCCACCACGAACCAGUUCCUUCGACUUUUUAUGUCCAUCAAGCCUGUCGGCGCCAACACGGAGAACCUUGCCUUUUAUUUAUCAGAAUUAAGCCUGCUGGAAAUGGAUCCAUUCCUGCAUUACAAACCGUCUAUAGUAGCAGCUGCAGCUUAUUGCCUAGCCACAUACACGAUUAACAGAUCCCUCUGGCCUGACACCUUAAAUGCCUUUACUGGGUAUACUGUGGAUGAAAUAGUGCCGUGCCUCAUCGACCUACAUAAAUUGCACCUCAGUGCAGAGAGCUACCCACAACAGGCCAUUAGAGAAAAAUACAAAAGUUCAAAGUAUUGUCAUGCUUCAAGGGUCACGCCACCUGCUGUUCUGCCUUUCCAAUGAAUCACUGCUAUGAAUGAAUUCUACAUAAUUAGAAUUGGAACAAACACUGCACUGAAUUUCGUGACAAUCCUAUUCAUGUCAUGUCCACUUAGAUAUAUAAUAUGUCUUAUCUAGUUUAUGCAAGUGCAGUGACCUACAAAACAAAUAUUUGGAGCCAAUCCAAAUGUGUUGAUAUAUAUAUA